UCGGAGCGCGGCGCUACGCGCACCUAUACCGCGGGACUUCUAAACGAACAAUCGAAUUCGAAUGUAACUGUCAACUCGGGUGACAGAGCACUUCGAAAAGUGACGCGAUUUGUGAGUGUCAAGUUCAGUGUUUGCACACUAUAGUGGCACAGUCAUACAAAGGUGCGGACGUCGGCCGUAGUGAAAUCAUUUUCAUAGCUUUGCUUCAAAAUCGGACAGUAAACAUGUGACAUAAUUAGUGUUAUGCAAUUUGUAUUGCUGAGUGAACGCGUGAUGAGGACAAUAGUUUCUACUGGAGAUACGGUGUAGUGAUGGUGCUUGGCAAUGCCGGAUUGGCGAUACAACGUGCUCUCGACGAGCGAGGCGUACAUCAACGCGGAGGGGCUGCCGGGCGACCCGCUGGCCGCCAGCUACCCUCGUCGCGCCGACCGCUCGCGCCCGCACCACACCUGCCCCUACACCACCAUCUUCCUCGGGGCUAGAUCUCAACAAACUCCAUACAGACUACCCGCUCUACAGAAUGAUGCGACAGAUCCUUACGCUGAUGCUUACUCCGUUGACCGCUCAUCAAAUCUCACAGACACUUCUAGCUUCGCACGCUACGAGGACUGCCGCCCUCAAAUUGGAGACAGUCUGCCAGAUGAAAACUUUGCCAGCGACAAAAUUAGUGACAACGUCACCUUACAAGUUCAAAAAGUGCCAUACACAUCUAGUGUGUUCUACAUCUCAACUAAAACGGAUAAUCUGAAUAAAGAAGUCGUGCCAAACAAUCUAUAUCUUGUUGAAGGAUCUGAUUCAGAUGCGCUGUCUUCGUGCACCUGCGACAGUUUUGAACGUUGUGAAUUCGAUUGCCGCGACUUCGAGCCAUUCUCUGACACCUGUUGCUGUGACCCACUUAGUGACGGCGUGUGCAGUCGUAGUCCUAAAAAUGUUGAUUCACCAGAACAUUUUUGUGAGAAAGUGGUGGAGGAAGAUGGUAUCUCAGCGCGGAGUGAUAUGGAUGGUUUGGAUUUAGCUCUGUUCGAGCCAGCUCAAACUGAAUCCAACGAGCGCCAAGGUGAUACUGCGGAACACAACGAAACGACUGCCGGUGCAUUAUGUGGAAUCCUUUAUGCGAUACCAGACAGCAGUGGUGAUGGUGCCUCGAGCGCAGUGAGCGGAGCCGCGGUGGGCGUGCCUCCCUCUUGGGAGCCGUUCUAUUGCGUGCUGCAGCAGGAUAGGCGCACCCUCACAGCCUACACCAGCGAAGAACUCGCUUCGUUUCCUGGAUUUUACGUGGACAAAAAGGUUUCAAACAACAAUGGCGAGUACACAACCAGAAGCCUGCCGAGGGUGCGCCUGGACGGCGGCCCGCACGCCGGCAGCGGCGUCCGGCUGCGCUGCUGGGCCGCGCCGCCUUCCAUCACCGAGGAGGACAUCGAGGACGACAUGGAGGAGGAUGCGGUGUCGCUGCGCGCUAUGCCUUCACAAGACACAUCAUACGAGAAAGCAUGUCGACGAGGCUCGGCGCCCAGCACGCCCGUGCCAGGCGCUCAGGCCCAGCACAGCCCGUCGCGGCUGGCUUCCUUCUUCUUCUCCAAGAGGUCCUUCAGGAGCAACCCUCUCAAGAGGACCAAGUCGGCCACCAAGAUCGAGAGGGAGAGGGCGCUGGCCGCAGUGCCUACGCAUCCACCGGGGCAUGCUUUGCGAACGUCAAGAUCUCAUGAAAGUCUGCUGUCUGCUCAUUCACCCGCCGUUUCCACCAUGGACCUAGGACCACCAAAUCAAGUAGAAAUUCGAGCCCUCCACUCAUCAGUGCUGGGCAGGCCACACUGUUUCGCGCUGAGCGCAGAGAACAGAGCGCCCAGAUACUUCGCCUGUGCAUCGCGAAAGGAGAGAGACCGUUGGAUAUACAGUUUGCGACAAGCAGCGCGACCUGACGAGAUCCGAACGCGCCGGUGCGAGCGGUCCGUAAAACUGUGGCUGCUGGAGGCCAAGUCCAUUCCGCCUAAGAAGAGAUACUAUUGCGAAAUAUUGCUGGACGACACCUUGUAUGCAAGGUCCUCAUCAAAGCUAAAAACCGAGUUGUGCUUCUGGGGCGAGGUGUACGAGUUCAGCGGGCUGCCGGCCACGCGCGCCAUACACGUCAACGUGUAUCGCGAGCCUGAACGGCGCGCGCGCAAGCGGGACAAACACGCCCUAGUCGGUACAGUCCGUAUCCCGGUCGACGACGUAUCGUCGCGAUACCUCAACGAACGGUGGUACCCUCUGUCCGAGGGCGACAAGCCUCAGUCCCCGGGAGGCCGCGCGCCGCCGCCGCCCGCGCCCGCGCUCCGUAUCAAGUGCCGCUACCAGAGCGUCGAUGUGUUGCCACUGGAUAACUACGCGAGGUUCCUGGACUACCUGAAGAGGAACUACAGGAGGCUGUGCGAGUACCUCGAGCCUGUCAUUGGUGUCAAAGCCAAAGAAGACAUAGGCUGUGCCCUGGUGCUAUGCAUGGCGGGCGCGGGCCUGGCUCCUCGGUACUUGGCCGACGUGGUGGCACUCGACGUGCGUCGAACUGGCGACCACUCGCUCACCUUCCGAGGCAACUCACUCGCUACUAAGAGCAUGGAGGCUUACUUGAAGCUCGUGGGAGAUCAGUACCUGCAGGACACACUAGGCGAAGCGGUAGCGGCAGCGGCCGGGCCGGGCGCGGCGGACUGCGAGGUGGAUCCUCUACGCGCCGGCGGUGGAGCAGCGUUGCGGCGCCAACAGUCAGCCUUGCGGGAUGCCGUGUCGCUGGCCUGGCGUGCUAUAUCUGCUUCUGCGCCUACAUUCCCACCGCCACUAAGGGACUGCUUCGCUACCUUCCGCGAGAGGUUAACAUCCAUGGGACGAGAAGACAUCUCCGAUAAUUUGAUCAGUGCAUCCAUCUUCCUUCGAUUCCUGUGUCCCGCUAUUCUUUCACCCAGUCUAUUUGGAAUCACGCACGAGUACCCGAACGAGCGCGCUGCUCGCAACUUGACUCUUGUCGCGAAGACGCUGCAGACGCUGGCCAACUUCACGCGCUUCCAGGGCAAAGAGGCCUUCAUGGAGUUCCUCAACGAUUUCCUGGAGCAGGAGGCGCCUAACAUGAAGGCGUUCCUUAGAACUAUCUCGUCGCGCCCCCAAGACCAACCUCAGAUGCAGAUGCAGCAGUCCUAUAGCACGCAACAGCAGCAAGAAGGCAGCAACCGCAACUCGUCUGCUUCGCAAGGCUCCGAGGGCUCUCGAAGCGAGGCGGCGGUGGAGGCCGACCCUGAGUGGGCGCCGCACGUGGACCUCGGCAAGCAGCUGGCGACGCUACACGGGCUGCUCGUGGAUAGUCUGCCGAAGCUACCUGCAGCUAGGAUGCAGGAGCUGGAUCCAUUGUCUGAUAUCUUAGACGAACUUAGCAAGAGGUUAGUGAGCAACGAUAUUGGACCUAUGCCUCAGCACGCAGACAAUAUCUUUAGGUUCAAUGAUCCUACCUGCAAUUCGCCAACGAAGCAAAACAACGCCGAUCCUGUAACGAAUGGAGCAAUGAACAGCAACUUUGCUCACAGUUCCCCAAUCAUGAACAAGAAUGGCGUCCAGUUCAACGUCAGCCCUUCAAAGUCAAAUGCCGAAGACUCCAAGUACAAAGGCUCUUAUGGCAGUGUUGCCAAAUCGCCCAGCUUCAAUCUGCGCUCAGCCACGCUCCCAAGAAAUGGAUACGGCUCGAACCCAGUCAAUCAAAAUGUCAACCCAGACAGAUAUAGCUCACAGUACAAUAAUCAAGAACAUUGCGUAAACCUAAAAGUAGUACAGAUCGGCUUUGGUUCGGACCAAUAUCCGAAAGGUAUCAGCAAUGGAGUAAACGAAAGUCUGGAAAGAAGAUUCCAAGAUAGGUACAAACCCAAUAACUACAAUCAACAAACGCACUACCACAACUCAAAUUACAACAGUACAGAGAGAUCUCCUAGUAGCGACAGCAUUAACCAUAACUAUUGUUCAAAUGAUAUGCAAAACAUCAUGAAGGAAACUGCAACACUUGAGGAACUGUCCGACCUCCUGAAAUACGCUGAUGAUUCUGAUAUUGUUGAAGACAAACUCAUAAUGAACAAAAAGAACUUGUCUCAGUCGAAAUCAGCAAACAAUAACAUUAUAAACGGAAACAAAACUAACUACGCAAAUAAUGGUUCGAACGUAUCCAUCAGUGGAUUGUCAAAUGUUGCAAGUUCCGGGUACCAAAGCAUCGCUACAUACAGCCAAAGUUCUAGUCCCAUCGAAAACACAAAUCAUCUGCAUCAGCCAUACGAAAAUGGCGGUCAACCGAUGAGCCGCUACUCGCAGCUAAAUUACCAAAAACAGAGAGAUAAACAGUAUUACGAUAGCAAAAAUGAAAAAUUCUAUCCAAAGAGUCCAGUGCAACAGAAAAUUGAAUACGAUAUUCAGAAAUAUGGCAUACAGAAUUUUACUACAGCUGAAAAUACGCAAACAAACACGAACGUUAAUUCAAAGAUAGGUCCUUUAGUAUUCACAAAUCCCGUCUACAACAUGGAAGACAGUCGUACACCUCAAGAGAAGAAAAAGAAUAAUGAAAACAGAAAUUCAAAGCGUUGUCCUUGUGGCUCAUCCAGUUCAUCCAUAGAUGAGGAGGGUUUGAGCACAGACAACGUAGAGACAAACUCAGAAGAGGGUUCUACAAAUUUUAACGACGACACAAGAAACUAUGACCAACAAAACCGUAAUAAUACCCACCGAAAACUUACCAGAGAUAAUUGUAAUUAUGAUGAUAUGUAUCAGAUGAGUAAUCAUAGUCAUUCUCCAAGGAUGAGGGAUGAUGAAUCGUCAAGCAAUUCGCCGAGCUUGAGAAAAAGCAGUAAGACGCGAAUGCCCAGGACAAAUCCUAUGCUUUCAUACUCCACUAAUCAAAAUCAGCUGAACUUGAAGCAUUUCGGUCAAAGGGGGGAGUCGUUGUACGAAAGUAAGCCUCAUCACAUUUCGACUGACUCUGGUUACCCGAUGAGUCGAUCUGAUUCCAACGUGGAAGAAGUCAACAAAGAAAUGUACAGGUUACAGAUAUCCCGAAGUCAGAAGGCGCUAUUCAAUAUGGAGAAUAAGAAUAAUUCUCCAGAAAAGUACAAUGUGACGGAAAAUUCGAUUCCCGAGACGAAUUAUCCUCUGGACAGGACGUACUCCGGGGCGAAGGUGUCAAGUAGUAGGGUGAAUGAGGAUUUGGAGAGGCAUCAAGAGUAUUAUGGCGUUCGGGAUGGAAGACGUGAGUCUCCUCAGGGAGUGUUUAGUCGCGAGUCUCAGUCGAGUGAGGCGAGUGAACGAGCGCCGUUGAGAGAGAGGGAGGUGGCCGGCCGCGACAAACUACAAAGGCGGCUGAGCUUGGAAUCCGCCCGCGAGCUCACAGAUAGUUCCGAUGAGGUGGAAGACACACUGUACAGUACAACGGGAAGAAGACGCACGUCAAAGCAUCACAGGACGAUUGAACAGUAUGAACGAGAAAUCGAGAGGCUAAAGUGUUCAGUAGAGCUACUUCGUGGAAGAUUACCGGCGGAGCCUGGUCAGGAUCACACAGAUGCAAAGAUGAAGGCUAUAAUUUCAAGGUUGAUCUGCGUAGAAGAGGAACUGCGACGGGAGCAACGCAAAAUGGCCGCCGCUCUGUCACACAAGCAACGAGUAAUCGAGGCUCAAGAACACCGUAUUGCAGCCUUAGACGAGGCCAACACCAGGCUACUGUCGGCUCUGGUACAUUUGCAACAAAGAGCCCCGCACCCCGCGCCCCCGCAUACCCCCUCGUCGAACCACACGCAACAUUCACACCAAGAACUACAGAUAUAAGUCUGAUUUUUGCAUACGAUUGAGCAAUCGACCAAACGAAAUAGAAGACCUAGUUGGUCAGGUAACAGGUUACGUAGUCUUUUCUCGUUGAAACCGCAUGAUGCCUUGGGUCUCAGAGUUUAUUGAUAUGCAUGCAGGUAUGCAUCAUUAAACUUGUUACAUACCUUUAAAAUAAAGGAAGAUCAGCGAUACGGAACCGUGACAAUAGCCGUGUUGUAUUUGAGCCUUACACGUCACUGUGAUGUAUCAGACUGCAUACAUACCUAAAUACAAAAGGUAUUGGCUCUUUAAAUCGUUGUGAAUAUGGUGUUCAUUGUCGAGCUAUGCAAAUACAUAAUUAUAAACUGUCUACUUCGUGUGUUGACUUAGCUAUCAACUUCAAAGGCUAUUUUAUUCUUAUACAUAUAAUCUUAUUUACUGCUCUCUUAGAACUAUCGAUUUAAAUAGAGCUGAAGCACAAAUCGUUUAACUAAUGUAUUGUAUAGAAUCGUAUCUACUUUCUUGUUAAUUGAUAUAAUGAAUUUGAUGUUUUAUUAUUAUUUUCAUUCGCAAUGCACAAUAAUUUAUCGAUCGAAGCACUAUGCUUAUGACGUUGUAAUAUAAAUUUAUGCAUUUUCUAUCUCUCUUAUUGCAAUAUUACGGUUAUUUUAUUAAGAGGCAAAUAUUUAUUAUGAUAAAAGUUUUCUAACAAACCUUGUAUGUAGAUCACAUUUGUUCGUUUUGCCAUUUAUCUUUAACUUUGUUAUAUUGUUUCUUUAGUUUUAAAUGGAGAUGCUUUAAUGACAGUAACAUUUCGUUAUGUAUCAGUAUUCUUGAUUAAACUGGAUAGUGUUCGCGUCAGAUCGCGUCGGCAAAGUUUGUUUUCUGUAAUGAUACCAAAGACGAUUGAAUAUCCCUUAGUGUAGAGUUGUAGUGGACUCUACGAACCACUGCUCUAUAGCACUAGAGUUGUAAUAAAGUAAAACGUUAUAGAUUUUAUAAUAAUAGUGUAAGACUUGUAUAAAAUAAUACUAGGCGCUACGUUAAGUCAAUGUGGUAUGAAAUUAAAAAAUAUUUUGAAUACCUGUGGAGUAUUAUAUGGAUUAACGGUAGUAAUGUAAAAGUCGUUAACAACCCAAUUGGACACUGGCUGGACAUUUGUUGAACAAAUCGAAAUCAUUUAUCAUCGAUGUAAUAUGGUUUGCGAAUUGCAAUUUCACAUUAUAUUCUGAAACUGCUAAAUUUCAGUGAAUCUAAUUUUAAGCCAUAAAUUUAUGUAAAUAUACCUGUGUAGGUAUAUUAUGUUAUUCUUAUCACAUUAAAUUAUGGAUUACGUA